UGCUUAAGCAAAGACAGACGAGGACGAAGAGAGAGCAAGAAUAAUGAAGACGUGGUUGCACCAUCUGCUGCCAGAGAGAGAAACAUGUUAACCGUGCAGACGAGAGCAGAGAGGCAGCCAGCCCAUCUGCAGCGAGAUGCACACGACCCCCGGUGAAUGACAUUCACAAUGAAGAGUCUUCAGCAAAGAGGCAGGAGAGUUUCAAGGAAGAGAGCCCUGUUGUUCUGAGGGGUCCAAUGACACUGACAUAUGAUAAUAACAAGCAGCAUCCGUGUCUGGAGGAAGAGCAGCCACUGCCAUCUUUCGUUUUGGAAAAGACCCACAUUGAACGCAGGUCCUGGUUCGUUCUUACAGAAAACAAAUGAGCUGUAAGUCUUGAGAGUUUUCCCGUUGUACCACUGACGAUGCACACUCCUGCCUCGAUGGUGAUGGGGAUCGUCUUUGCCCCUUUGGGACUGGUCCUCGUCUUCACCGCGGCCAUCACCCCUCAGUGGAGAGAGGGACAGGCACGUCUGGGCAUGACGGCGCCGGGGUCACUUCUUCGCUCAGGACUCAAGGGUCAUGGGAUGGGGGUCAGGUCCGGGUCGGUUGAGACUCUGCUCUUGCUGCGCUCUGAUGGACUUUGGGAGAGCUGCCUGCAGGUGGAACACUCAGAGCUGAAGCAGUGCUGGCCUGUUGGAGGUCCGUACCAGAGAGACCCGCGGGUUCGCCUAGCACAAGGUUUGGUCCUGACCUCCUUGUUCCUGUGCGGCACUGGGAUUGUUCUGGCUUGUAUUGGAGUCCGGUGCUGGACAGAUCUACCUCUGAGAGGUGUAGCAGCUACAGGUGGACUCCUGGUGGUGAUGGCCGGGCUGCUGAGUCUGACUGCCCUCGGGGUGUACACCCACAACCUUGGAAGACUGGGGAUGGUAAGUCCAAGCCAAGGGAUCAAUAACCACAGGUUCCCCCACCUCAGCCUGCGUCCGGCUGGCUCGCUCUACUUUGGGUGGCUGGGUUCAUGUUUGCAGGUGCUGGGAGGCAGUGCUCUGCUGUUCGGCUUCAAACGCCCAAGAUGUCUGACCUGCCCGUCCUGCCCAGAGCUACCUGUCUGCCCUGCGUGCCGUUCAUGUGCAGAGAUAGAGCCAGAAACAGAUGUGUAUGAAGUCACCUGUUAGAGCGGAAAACUGGGCGAAGAC